AUGCCUCGUGGUCAGAAAAGUAAGCUCCAUGCCCGAGAGAAACGCUCCCAAGCCCGAGGUGAGGCUCAGGCUUGCAGAGGUGCUCAGGAACCAGCAAAGGAAACCCUGGAGGCAGCAGAAGAGUCCUCUGCUGCCUCCCAGAGCCAGCCUGAGGCUGAGUCUUCAAGCACUAUCAAGGCUCCUCAAAAAGCAGCCCCAUCUGCCUCAACUGCUCUGAGUAUUUCUUCCUCUGAAUCAGAUGAAAGUUUCCGUGAGGAAUAUGAUACAUACAAAAAUGAAUGCCUGUUUGAGGUCAAUCCCUGCAACAACAGCCUGCACCAAGAUCUGAUAGCCAAAAAGGUGGUGGCGGUCUUACGGUGCCUGCUCCACAACUACUAUAUGAAGCAGCCUAGUAGCAAGGAAGAAAUGCUGAAGGUUAUCACCAAGAAGUAUGAAAAUGACUUCCCUGAGAUCUUCAGGAAAGCCUCCGAGAAGCUCGAGGAAGCCUUUGCAAUGGAAGUGAGGGAAGUCAACUCCAUUGAGCCCUCAUACAACCUCAUCAGCAAGCUGAAGCUCCCCAACAAUGGGAGGAUUCGUGCUGGCAAAGGCUUACCCAAGACUGGUUUCCUGAUGAGUGUCCUGAGUAUCAUCUUCGUUAGUGGCAAUUGUGCCAGUGAAGAAGACAUGUGGAAAAUCCUGAAGAAGAGGCAGAUCUAUCCAGGGAAGAAACACCACAUCUUUGGUGAGCCCCGGAAGCUCAUGACCCAGUAUUUUGUGAAGCUGAAGUACCUGGAGUACCGGCAGGUGGCCAACAGUGAUCCUCCACGCUAUGAGUUCCUGUGGGGUCCCCAAGCCUAUGCUGAAAUAAACAAGAUAAAAAUCCUGGAAUUUUUGGCCAAGAUAAACAAAACAACACCUAGUGCCAUUGCUGACAUUUACUUCAAGUCUUUGAAAAAUGAGCAAGAACGAGCAGAAACCCAAGAUGAAGGUGGUUCUGAUACCACUGACUCUGCUAGUGGAGAUUCCCCAGUAAAAUUAUCAGCAAGUUCUUCCAUCCCUUUUGAUGUUUGA